UGGAGCACAGUCCCUGUGGCAGCGGUCACAGAUACAGGCAGCUACUCGCAGCGGAGAUGAAGCUGCUUCUCACUCUGACCGCCGUUCUGGCGUGCGCCGCCGCCAACGUGCGGGUCCGUCGUGGCGACUACAGCACCUUCACCGGCGACGCCAGCGCCAUCUCUGCAGGUGCCGGUGGCGCCCUCUCACCACCCGAUGGUGGCGCUACCUCUGUGUUCGGUAGCAGCCUGCAGGGCCAGGGUGCCUUCGGCCAGGCGAGCAAUGGAAACGGACGCCAGGAUUAUCCUGGAUACAGCACUCAGGCCGGACAGGCCAACGGAAACGGUGCCAAUGGAAACGGAAACGGUGCCAACGGAAAUGGCAACGGUGGACGUCAGGACUACCCCGGAUACAGCACUCAGGCUGGCAAUGGAAACGGAAACGGCAAUAGCAACGGUUUCGGAAACGGUGGAAACGGCAAUGGUAACGGUAAUGGGAACGGUGGUCGCCAGGACUACCCUAGCUACAACAAUGGUGCCAGCCGUCUCAAUGGGAAUGGAAACGGUAAUGUUAACGGUAACGGCAACGGCAAUGGAGACGGUGGUCGCCAGGACUACCCCAGCUACAACGGCGCCAGCCAGCCCAGUCGUGGAGUGAACGGUGGCAACAGGCGUGCCCAGAUCAGCCGCGGAAACGGCAACCGCAACGGAAAUGGUAACGGCAAUAGAAACGGCAACGGCAACCAGGCGUACCCGAGCUACUCCCAGAACGGCAGCUCUCAGCGCGGUGCGGCGGCCGCACGGCCUCAGGCUCAGUACGGCGCUCCCGCCACCGGAAACCGUGCCAAUGGCAACGGAAUCCGCGCCAACGGCAACGGAAUCCGCGGCAAUGGUAACGGAAUCCGCGGCAACGGCAACGGAAUCCGCGGCAAUGGUAACGGAAUCCGCGGCAACGGCAACGGAAACCGCGCCAAUGGAAUCCGCGCCAACGGUAACGGAAACCGCGCCAACGCUCAGUAUGGCGCCCCCGCGGCUGCUGCUGCCCCUGCUGCUUUCGGCGCUGCCCCCGCUCGUGGUGGCCUCUCCACUGUGUCUUCUGCUGCUGCUGGAGGCGCUGCCGGCGGUCCUGGCGCCUCUUCUGCCUUCUCUUCAGCCGCCGCCGGACCCUCGGGCUUCUCCGCUGCUGCAGGAGGCUCUCCUGGAGCCGUGUCGAGCGCCUUCGCUGGAGGUAACGGCGUCGGAACCGGUGCUGGUUUCGGAGGAGCUAACGGAGCUACCGGAGCCAAUGGUUUCUCGGGCGCCGCCAGCGGCCCCGCGCCCGGCGCUCUCCCUGCCGGCUCUCCGGGCUCCGGCUCGGACCAGUACCCUCGCCUGGGAGAGGGCGAGCCGAUGCCUUACGAGUUCCAGUGGGCCGUCCUAGAUCCGGAGAGCGGUAACGACUACAGCCACGAGGAGCGUUCGGAUGGGCGGCGCGUGGAUGGACAGUACCGCGUCCUUCUGCCCGACAGCCGCAUCCAGACGGUGACUUACUACGUGGAGGGCGACUCGGGAUAUGUGGUGGAGAUUGAGUACGAGGGCGAGGCUCAGUUUGAUGACGUCACUGGAGGCGAUGGAGCUGGAAAUGGACAGGCGGCCGCGGGAGACAAUGGUAAUGGAUUCCAGCAGGCAGCGAAUGGAAAUGGUAAUGGUAACGGUUACCAGCAGGGAGGUAAUGGUAACGGCUUCCAGCAGGGAGGUGUUGGAAACGGCAACGGCAACGGAUACCAGCAGGGUGGAAACGGCAACGGAUUCCAGCAGGGAGCCGCCGCUGGAAACGGAAACGGCUACCAGCAGGCUGGUGGAAACGGUAAUGGAAACGGCUACCAGCAGGGCGCCGCUGCCGGUAACGGAAACGGUUUCCAGCAGCCCCAGGGUGCUCCCAGCCGGUCUCCGCCGCGUAACAGCUACCUGGCCCCGUCCAGCUUCUAAUGACGUCAUAAAAUUAAAGCAGAUGUAAAAAAUUACGGCAAUGUAAAGUCAUAACUUUUUUUCUGGCAGCAAGGUUGAACAUUCCUAGAAAGAUAAUCUAUCAGAGGAAUGACCACGGAUCUUUCCAGUACAGAUGACUCACAAAGGUGCUCAGAUUGGUAUAAUUUAUUGUGCGCGAAUGUUUAUUUUCCUUUUUAAUGUCAUCUCUCACCACAAACAGUCAUCAGCGCCUCGUGCAGUAGAUUGUGUCAGCGUGUCAGACAUAUUGUGUCAGCGUGUCAGACAUAUUGUGUCAGCGUGUCAGACAUAUUGUGUCACCGUGUCAGACAUAUUGUGUCAGCGUGUCAGACAUAUUGUGUCAGCGUGUCAGACAUAUUGUGUCAGCGUGUUAGACAUAUGGUGUCAGCGUGUCAGACAUAUUGUGUCAGCGUGUCAUUCUGGCUUUGAGUGAGUGAGUUGUCUGUUGUCAGAGAGAUAUAUGUUGUAUUUAUGUGUGUCAACUGUCUGCACCGAUGACAUUUUGAACAGAUGUGUUUCAAGUCGUACAUCAAUAUCUGUCUAUAUCUCAUAUAAUCGACAGGGUGAGCAUUUAUUUCCGUACCAGAUGAAUCGCGCCUAUGUGACGAUCGCCAGUUCUUGUGAAAUAAAUACUCGACAUAUUACCAAUAAA